UGGCGGCGGCAGUGUGAACUCUGGUGUCUGCUCCGGGAACUAGCAUGACAGAAGUUUUGUUGCUAGGGCGGAGGAGACCCGAGGUGCGUGGUGCCCCCGGCCCCCCAUGGGGAGUGGAGACUAAGUCCUGGUGUCGGAAUCCUGAUGACUACUGUCUGCAGGGCGGGAGGUCGGGAGCCUUAGGGGCACGUCCUGCGCUAGGAACGCCCCCUUACUGCCGCGCCAGCGUCCCGCCUCAGUUUGUCCAGACACCCCUGUCUCACACUCCUGGACGCUUUACCCCAGAUGCCACGGCUGCUGUGUUUCACUUAGUGGUUACCGUGGGCCACCUCGGCUGCUAGCGCACAGUGCUGCCCUUCACGCUGGCUCGGAGUCCCUUCACCGGCCCGUCUUGCUGGAGGCAUUCUGGCCCCUGGCCCAGCUCCCUCAGAGGGCCCCUCGCCUGCAGUGCCGACAGCGCCCUCUGCAAUUCUCCCCAGGGAAAGUAAAGCAGAAGAGAAUACCAUGGGACAAACAGUGAAUGAAGAAUCCAUGGAUGCCAAGAACGACAAUCAAGAGAAAACUACUCAUUCAAGUACAUCUUCUGCGCAAAGCAAUAAUUUUGACUGGGACAAGUAUUUGAAAGAGACUGAUUCUGUAAGUGCACCUUCAGAAUACUUCAGACAGUCUAAGACUCCACCAACUAAUGAAUUCCAAGUUGGUAUGAAAUUGGAAGCCCGUGACCCUCGCAAUAUCGGUUCAGUGUGUGUUGCUUCUGUUAUUGCAACUACUGGUGCCAGAUUACGUUUACGACUGGAUGGUAGUGACAAUAAGAAUGAUUUUUGGAGACUUGUUGAUUCAUCAGACAUACAGCCUGUUGGGACAUGUGAACAGGCAGGAGAUUUACUUCAACCUCCACUGGGGUACAGAAUGAAUGUUUCAUCCUGGCCCAUGUUCUUACUACGGACACUAACUGGAUCUGAACUGGCCCCUGCAGUGUUCUUUAAGAAGGAACCACCACCGCCACCCCUAAAUAAUUUUAAAGUUGGGAUGAAGAUUGAAGCUGUUGAUAGAAAAAACCCGUUUUUGAUCUGUCCUGCCACAAUUGGAGCUGUCAAAGGAGAUCAAAUUCAUAUUACUUUUGAUGGGUGGAGUGGAACAUUUGAUUAUUGGUGCAAAUAUGACUCCCGGGACAUCUUCCCAGUUGGAUGGUGUUGCCUCACAGGAGAUAUAUUGCAGCCACCAGGAAGUAUUGCUGAAAAGAAGCCAAAGAGCAGAGGAGUGCCUAGACCUUGGAAAGAUGGAGCCACAGCUUUGGAAAGUAUUGAAGCAGCCCCAGAAGCUGCAGAAAAACCCAAGGGCAGUAUAUUCACCAACCCUUUUGAGGAUGAAGACAGACCUGUGAAAGAUGAGCAAGCAGCCCCAGCUGGGGAAAAAACUAAGGGCAGAGGAUUCGCCAAACCUGGGCAAGAUGAAGCCAGACCUGGAAAAGAUAACCAAGCAGCUCCAGCUGGAAAAAAACCCAAGGGCAGAGGAUUUACCAAACCUUGGGAAGAAGAAACCAGACCAGGGAAAGAUGUCCAAACAGCGUCAGCUGGGAAAAAACCCAAGGGCAGAGGAUUCACCAAAGCCUGGGAAGAUGAAGCCAGACCAGGGAAAGAUGUCCAAACAGCCCCAGUUGAGACAAAACCCAAGAGGAAGAGGGUCACCAAACCUUGGAAAGAACAGGCCACACCUUUUGAAGAUGAAGCAGCAGCCCCAGCUGAGAAAAAACACAAGGGCAAAAUGGUCACCAAACCUUGGGAAGACGAAAUCAUAACUAUUGAAGAUGAUGAUGAUGAUGAUGAAGUAGCUCCAGCUGAGAAAAAACAAAUGGGCAAAACAGUUAGCAAACCAUGGAAAGACCAAGGCGGACUUUUUGAAUAUGGAGAAGCAGCCCCAGGUAAGAAAAAACAAAAGGGCAAGACAGUGACCAAACCAUGGAAAGACCAAGGUGGAGUUUUUGAAUAUGAGGAAGCAGGCCCAGCUAAAAAAAUAUGUAAGGGCAAGACAGUGACCAAGCCAUGGAAAGACCAAGGAGGACUUUUUGAAUAUGAAGAAGCAGCCCCAGCUGAGCAAAAACGCAAAGGCAAGACAGUGACCAAACCAUGGAAGGACCAAGGUGGAGAUUUUGAAUAUGAAGAAGCAGGCCCAGCUGAGAAAAAACGCAAGGGCAAGACAGUGACCAAACCAUGGAAGGACCAAGGUGGAGUUUUUGAAUAUGAAGAAGCAGGCCCAGCUGAGAAAAAAUACAAGGGUAAGAAAGUGACCAAACCACGGAAAGACCAAGGAGAACUUUUUGAAUAUGAAAAAGCAGCCCCAGCUGAGCAAAAACGCAAAGGCAAGACAGUGACCAAACCAUGGAAGGACCAAGGUGGAGAUUUUGAAUAUGAAGAAGCAGGCCCAGCUGAGAAAAAAUGCAAGGGCAAAACAGUCACCAAACCAUGGAAGGACCAAGGUGGAGGUUUUGAAUAUGAAGAAGCAGGCCCAGCUAAGAAAAAAUGCAAGGGCAAAACAGUCACCAAACCACGGAAAGUUCAAGGUGGACUUUUUGAAGAUGAAGAAGCUGCUCUAGCUGAGAAAAAACGCAAGGGCAAAACAGUCACCAAACCAUGGAAAGGCCAAGGCGGACUUUUUGAAUAUGAAGAAGCAGCCCCAGCUGCGAAAAAACGCAAGGGCAAGACAGUCGCCAAACCUUGGAAAGACCAAGCUGGAAUUUUUGAAGAUGAAAAAGCUGCCCUAGGUGGGAAAAAACGCAAGCGCAAAAGAGUCAGCAAAUUUUGGAAAGAACAAGCCAAACUUUUGGAAGAUGAAGAAGCAAUUCCAGCUCUUUUCUCAGCUCUUUCAGUGCACAGUGCCGAGAACACACCGCCUUCCUCUGCUGAACAAACAAAAUCUUCCACUUCUGAGAAAACAAAGCCUUCCACCUCUGAGAAAACAAAGUCUCCCACCCCCAAAGGGGCUCAAUCUUCAAAGAUGUCUCCACGGAAAACAACUAUUGUACUACCAGUAACAAAGGCCAGCAAGAAGUCAGGACAAACUAAGCCAACUGGAGAUACUUCAGCUACUAAGAAAGGCAUUACUAUUAAGAUUGUCCUACCAAAGAAAACAGGUGGAAAGUCAGGAAAAAAGGAAAAAUGUAUUCCAGUUGUUUCUUCUACAUCUUCAGCUUCUCUCAGUUCACUGAUGAAAAGCUCUUCAUCUAAUAAGUCUUCUGCAGGGCCAUCUAAAAUAGUGAUGUCUACAGUCUGUGUCUAUAUAAAUAAACUUGGAGAUUGUGGCCCCUACCUGGAUCCACAGAAAGUUCAGCAGCUGCCUGACCACUUUGGCCCAGGCCCUGUGAAUGUGAUUCUCCGGCGGACUGUGCAGGCCUGUGUGGAUUGUGCCAUUGAUGCCAAGGCUGUAUUUCUAUUUCUUAAGCCAGACACUCGAGGAGGAGAAAUAAUUACUGCCUCCUUUGAUGGGAAAGUUCAUACCGUUGAGCUCCCUCCAGUGAAUAGCGCAUCAUUUGCACUUCGCUUUCUUGAAAAUUUCUGUCACAGUCUGCAGUGUGAUAAGUUUUUGAGCAGCCAGCCUUUCAACCCUAAGGCUCGUAUUGAUGCCCCUCCUACAGACCUUGAUCAAAACAAACCAGUAGAUGAGGAACUAAAGGAAAGGAGAAGCCUCAAACGAUUUUCUCAGCAACCUCUAUCUUUGGCUCCUGCCUCAUCAAAGGCUCCCAGAAAGACUGGGCGACUCUCUAAAGCUUCAAGUUAUAUAGCUGUACCUGACCCCAGUGUCCUGAAACAAGGCUUCUCUAAGGACCCUUCAACCUGGUCUGUGGAUGAAGUGAUACAGUUUAUGAAACAUACAGAUCCUCACAUAUCAGGCCCCCUCGCCGACCUCUUCAGGCAACAUGAAAUUGAUGGGAAAGCUCUGCUACUGCUGAAGAGUGAGCUGAUGAUGAAAUAUAUGGGGCUGAAACUAGGACCAGCAUUAAAACUAUGUUACUACAUUGAAAAACUUAAAAGUAAAAUAUAAUUGAAAAUGUGCAAAUUUAGAUUAGAGACAAUUCUCAGGUAUACUGAAAAUAUUUUACCCUAAAAAGUUUUCUUCUCAUCAGUUUUUGUUUUAUAAAAGUUUUUAUAAAAAUGUUUUAUCAAAAUUGUAGUACAGUUACAUUGACAGUGUACUUUUACUCUUUAAACACCAUUGAAUAUGUUUUAUUACAUACUUAUAACUGGCAAUUUAUUAUUUAUGUCUUUAAUUAUUUUUAUUGUGUUUACAAGUGUACUUCAUGUAGCAAACAGAGGAAAACCUUUUAUUUGGAUUAGUCUUUAUAUCUAGAACCAAAUACCUAAACCCCAAAGGGGAAAAAUGCCAGCAACUUAAGUUCUAUUAUAAAAACAUGAGAAUUUUUCCUCAAAAGAGAAUUUAAAGAUGCACUUAACUCUCAACUCCUUCCCAAUUAUUUUAUAUGUCUAUUUUACAGUGUUUUGUUCAUGAUAUACUACUACUAGAAAGGGAAGAGCCAUAUAAAUUAUUUUCCUUUCUGAUGGUGCCCUUGGUGGUGUAUUUGUUCAUACAAAGGGGGGAAAGCAAGUUUAUAAGCUUGCAUAAAGUGUUCUUACUAGUCUUUGUUCUUACUAGUAUUUUUUUAAACUGUGGGAUAGAUUAAAGUGAAAAAUUUUGUGCAGGAGAUGUAUAUUCUCCCAGAGUGAAUUGGAUGCAAUUGGACAAACUUUAUAACUAUUUUACAAUUUUCUGUAUUUUUGCUAAGCUCGAACAUUAGACAUUCAAUUCUGACAUCUCUAUUUCCAAAAUAUUUGUGUCCAGAUUUUAAAAAUGUGUUUUAUUUUGUGUUUAUUACUCAUACAGAUACUUGGGCAUAUUUAUAUACUAUUCUAUAUCUGUGAGAAUACACAAGUAAUCUUUUGAUUUAUUAUGGCACUUUACACUGCCACAGAGGUAAUAAAGAGCUAUAUAUAGAUGUUUAUUCUAUUAAAAAUAUGUACAUCAUUUUGCUAUCACCAGUACCUCUCAACUUAUUAUUCAGGUGAUAAGAAACUCUACAUAGAUUGGCUCCCACACAGGGAAGCUCUCUAUCCUAUGCAAUAUUUCUAAUUAAUUUACUUAGUUCUGAGCCACCAAUUCUACUACAUAUUAAAAGAUAACAUUAGUUCUGACAUCGGGGCUCUAUUUUUAUAAAUGAGAGCUUUCAAAAGAAAAUGGUGUUGCAUGCCAUUACUUUAUAUAGUGGUGUAAUACAUUAUAAGCUAUGAGAAUCAGUUAUAUAUGUAUUAGCCAUUUCUUCUAAAUGUCAACAAAAUGUUCACCAGGACAAGAAUAUACAUUUUGCUCUUUAGAAUACCAAAUGUGUUUUAUAUAACAAUGCAAAUGUAUAAGAGAUUACUUCACCUAUGUCAUUUCUGAUACGACUAGAUUCUUACUUAAACUUGAUCUUCUUGCAAAUUGUUUGUAUGAAGAUGCUAUGUCCAGUUGAAUGGUCCUCAGGUGUUUAUAAUACUGUUUUAUAAACCAGAUUUAAAGAAUAUAAUAAACAACCACAGCAAUUAACA